AUGUCGAUUCGACCAGCCACGCAUGCCGGAUCCUGGUACUCGGGCUCUGCCGCCCGGCUUGACGCCCAAUUGGACCACUGGCUGUCCAAAGCGGCCCCGUCUGUGGCCGGAGCCAGGCUUCUUGUCGGCCCCCACGCAGGUUAUUCGUAUGCGGGGGAGACCUUGGCACAGACAUACAACGCUCUGGACGUCUCAGGGAUCAAACGUGUGUUUAUCAUGGGGCCCUCGCACCACGUUUACUACAAACACAGCGUCAUGACCACCAAAUACGACUACUACGAGACUCCCCUGGGCAAUGUCCCGGUGGACAGACAGGUGAUCUCUGAACUGGUGGCCAAGGAUGCAAAGCUGUUCCGACUCAUGAGUUCCGACAUGGACGAAGACGAGCACAGCUUUGAGAUGCACAUGCCGUUCUUGCACAAGGUUUUCGCCGACGCCGGGCAGACUGUGCCUGCGAUUGUUCCAAUCAUGGUGAGUGCUUCUGACGAGCCGUUUGAGCGGAAAUUGGCUGAGAAUUUGGAGCCGUACUUUCAGGACGCGGCGAACGCGUUUGUGAUUAGCACGGACUUUUGUCAUUGGGGCUCGCGGUUCGGAUACACGGCGUACACCCCGUCGGGACAGCUUUCUGAUCUACAGGACCUGAGAGCCAGUUCGAGCGUGGCGGGGCAGCCGAUCUACAAGAGCAUCGAGGCUCUCGACAAGGAGGCUAUGCGGGUCGCGUCACAGACGUCGUACAAGGCGUUCAGAGAGUACUUGCAGGCCACAGAAAACACUAUCUGCGGAGCCAAGCCGUUGAGCGUGCUUUUGCUGCUGAUGGAAACCAAUUCCGCGGGCAGUUUCAACUGGCUCGGGUACACGCAGAGCAGUUCUGUGACCUCGUACCACGACAGCAGCGUGAGCUAUGCUAGUGCAUAUGCUCUGGCGUGA